AUGACAACUCCCUCUUCAACAGAACUUUAUACGUCAAUGAUCAAUAUUGGCACAGACUCUUACCUCCUGGGAGCUGGCUUGCCCACCGAUUUUGAGAUUACUUCUAGCGGGAGCGUAGAGCCAGUUACCAUUAUCUCUGUCAAUGAUGAUGAUGAUGAUUCUACUACUCCGUCAUGGUUAAACACCAAAUACGAAGAAUUUUCCCAGCUAGAUGAUGUAUGGUGUCAUGCUUUUACUCGCAAUGUUUUUGCUCAAAAGAAGCCUGGAGUGUUGAGUCUAGUUGGCGGCUCUAAUGCACCGCAAGUUCGGGAGCGCAAGACUUUCGCAUAUCAAGGAGGAUCUCUUCCUUCUGGACCUUAUAUACUGAGUGAUUCAAAGAUUCAUCCAGUCUAUAAAUUAUACCCGGAUCCACUUGGUGCAUUUGUCUGUGGCAUUAUACCCACUUCCCUAGGCAGCAAUCGCUACCAGAGAAUACCCACGAAUUUUAUUCCCGUCCCGUCUCGAUUAUACUCACCAUUGCCAUCCGACCUUCAGCCACUCUCAGGUAAACGUAUAGCAGUAAAAGAUAUAUUUGAUCUCGAAGGUGUCAAAACCACCGUCUGUAGUAAAGCCUACGAAGCGCUUCAAGAUCCCGCAAAAAAGACAGCUCCAUCAAUACAAAAGCUCAUUGGUCAAGGAGCUGUGAUUAUCGGAAAGGUAAAGACGACUCCCUUUUCAUCUGGAAUGGGCCCUAGAGAUUGGGUUGAUUAUCAAGCACCUUUCAAUCCUCGAGGAUGUGGAUAUCUUGAUGCGAACUGUAGUAGCGCGGGAAGUGGAGCUGCACUUGCUGGGUAUGAGUGGUUGGAUUUUACUAUUGGGUCAGAUACACUCGGGAGUAUGGUAGGUCCCGCGGCGGAUAACGGUCUUUUCGGAAUUAGGCCAACUCACGGCCGUAUCUCCUGCGAAGGUGUUGUUCCGAUAUCAUCAUAUCUUGACACACCUGGUAUUUUCAGCCGGGACAUAACAGAGUUCAGUACCGCAACAAAAUCAUGGCUAGGUUCAUCUAAUCUACAAGCUUCCUUAGCGAUGCCUACAAAAUUGACCAUUCUUUCGGAAAGAUACGCCGACUUUUCGCCAGAGGUAAAAGGGGUGAUGGAGAAUUUUAUACAAGAUUUUGAGAAAGCUACCCAGCUUAAUCGUACUACAACCACCAUGGAAAAGUUAUGGGCAUCGCAUGCUCCAGUAAGCUCCGGAAAGAACUUUUCGGAGAUUUUUGGAUCUACCUUAGCACACAUUCAGCUAUACGAUCACUACAACAACACCAUCUCAUUUCGCGAAGAUUACCGGAAAAGAUUCAACAUAGAGCCAUAUGCCGAGCCGCUACUUCGCUACAAAUGGAAUCUCGGCGCGAAACUCACACAUGAACAAUACACCAACGCACUAAAAGAGAAAGAAGUCUUCGCGACUUUCAUCAAAGAUCAUAUCUUUAGCGAGGGCGGAGUAAUGCUCCUACCCUUCGGUUUUCCAGAUGUGUUUUAUCGUGAUGAGUAUUCCGGUUCCGUCGAAGAAUGGGGCCCACGAUGGCAAGGAUUCAAUCUUUUUAUAGCUGCAUUCCCAGCACUGGGUGGCGGACCAGCGGUGUCAAUUCCUGUGGGACAGCGACCUUACGAUUCGAAAGUGACGGGUGUGAAGGAAUAUCAACCGGUUGGCUUGAUGUUAUUAGGUGCUCCGGGGACGGAUGAAUAUCUUAUUGAAUUAGUGAAACAUAUGUUAGUGACUUCCGGUCGACCAUUGAGUGUCAAGACUGGAAAAGUGACGUUUUGA